UUCACUUUACAAGAAGUUUCACAACAUUCCCUUACGUGAUUUCAUAAUAUUUUAUUCCGCUGAAACUUGAAAUAAAAUUCCUAUAGUUCAAGGAAAAAUCUAACUAUAAUGGUAAUACUAAGAUUUACAAAGUCAAAAACGUAUUGUUUAAAGUGUUAGAAUAAUUUUCAGGGUUUGUUUUGAUGUGCGUGGUGUAGGUUAGUUACUGAAGAAUGAAAGUCGAUCGGUAUAUAAGUCCCCGCGCGAGCGGCGUCAAGCUUAUUUCGAGCCAGCCUACGAUGUCGGAGGUUGCCAACGGCUCGCCACUCGACGACAACUGUUUGGUCGAUAUGGACGCUUGCUAUGAGACCUUCGACAAGGAUGGAGACGGCAAACUGAACCUGCAAGAGUUCCGCGUGAUCUGCAAAGCCCUCUUCCGCAACGACAAGGGCCACAUCUACCCGCUGUCUGAAGAACGGGCGCGGCACAUCUUCCAGGUGUUCGACAAAAAUGGCGACGGCUUCAUCGACAAGGAGGAGUUUACGUUCUGCUGGAACCAUUGGAUCAAAGUGAUCGUGCGGCCGGUGAGCGCGUUCCUCGUGGUGGACGUGCAGAAUGACUUCAUCUCGGGAACACUCAACAUCAGCAAGUGCAACGCGCAGCAAGAUGGCAGCGAGGUUGUAGAGCCCAUUAACCGACUUCUGGAGACCAUCCCGUUCGACUGUGUGUUCUAUUCCCUGGACUGGCAUCCACCAGACCACGUGUCCUUCAUCGACAAUGUGCACCUUCGGGAACUUCACGUUUCCAGCCCUGUUUCAGCAGAUAAAGCAGCGGCACACGAUACAGUAGUGUUCGCCGGGCCGCCUCCGAUGCGGCAGAGGCUGUGGCCGCGACACUGCGUCCAGGAUACUUGGGGCGCCGAGCUACAUCCUGAUUUGAAGGUGGUCGACGGAGCCGUGAAAGUGUACAAAGGCACCAACCCCGAGGUGGACUCGUACUCCGUGUUCUGGGACAACAAGAAGCUGAGCGACACCACUCUCUCGCACGAGCUGCGCGCGCGUGGCGCCACCGACAUCUACAUCUGCGGGCUCGCGUACGACGUGUGCGUCGGCGCAACAAUCGCCGACGCGCUCGCUAUCGGGUACCGCGCCAUCCUGAUAGACGACGCGUCCCGCGGCGUCGACCUAGCGGACAUCGAGAAAACUAAGAACACCAUCAUUAACAAUAACGGCGUCAUCGUCAAUUCAGACCAGGUGGCAGCAAUGGUCGACGGUCGCGACCGACGGCCCGAGCUCGGUUACAAGCUCGCCAUGGAACUUAAAUCCGCGCUGCACGACCAGCCGCAACAAUGAACCUUACACGCACCGCACAGAGUCCACUUUACCGCACCUACUUAUUUUUAGGUUAGGUCACGUUGUUUAGAUGUGAUCCUGUCAUUUAGUUUUGAGCCUUAUGUGUUUGGAAUAAGGUUAAUUGUGGUUUGCUAUAUCGGAACCAUGAAUACAACUGUCAAACUGACAUUGUCACCGAUGGAACUAGAAUCCGCGCUGCACGACCAGCCACAAUAAUGAACCUUACUCGCACCGCACAGAGUCCACUUUACACCUAGUACACUGAUACUUACUUAUUUUUAGGUUGUUUCGUUGUUUUAUAUGUGAUCGUGUUAUUUAAUUUUGCACUCUAAUGUUUUGGAAUAAGGUUACUUGUGCUUUAAUUCUUCGGAACCAUAGACAUACAUUAUAUAAAGCACAUACGACGUAAUGUACGUAUGUAUAGUAGUAUAAUGGGACCCUGCUAACUGUACAGAUGUAGUGCGUAAUUAUUUUCCAUCGUAUUUUGACGGAAACGUAAGAACGUGUCUUGCUAUUUUCAGUCAGUCACGAUACAAAGAGUACUGAGGUUGACUGAAGUAGCAUGACAAAUACAUAUAUUUCCGUGUUCUUAUAACCCGGCAACCUUCAAGUCAAAGAGUGAACAGGCACCUUCUGGGCGAGCUCGCUCCAUCGUAGGCCACGUCUACGCCUCGGCUAGUCUGUGGCCAUGAGUAAGCCCAUUCAUAAUAAUAAAAAAAAACGUUUCCGAGAAAAUACGAUGGAAAACAACUAUGCACUACAUCUGUACACAGAUUUUUCAGUGACAUAGUGUGAAAGUGUCACCAUAACCCAUAACGUCAAGUUCUAGUGAUAGUUUAUUAUUAGAACUUCCACACUUUGUCACGUUAAAGUCGAUGCCGGGUUAGCUUACGUAACCAUCCCGGCCCGUCCCCGCGCCGGGUGGUAUGCGUAAAGCAUUUCCCCUCUUUAAAAAAAAGGCAGACUUUACCCACUACUACAAAUGGUAAUUUGUUCACGUGCUACAUGGCUCAGUGGUGAAAAUAGGUAUUUUAUUUAUGAACAAGUUUUUUUAUAAUAAUUUUAGUAAUUUUAACUGUAUUAUGUUCCUCUACGCAAAAACCAGAAAUCUCAUUUCGGAUACAUGACUAACUUAUUUAUUUAUUUAGGUUUUGGGUUAAAUCCACUUAUUUAUUAUACAUGUUUUUUUAAAACAUAAUCAUGACAUUUUUUUGUCAGCAUGAAUUUAGAAUAUAAGUGUGGUUUAGGUAGAUACUUAAGUUUAUGGUUGUAACACUGAUGUUUAUCUACAUUUUUUUUGUGUUUACUUCUGAGGUUUUUAGUAACCGUUUAAGAUAGUAUUGCACUUAUUUUUCUAUUUAUAGCAUAUACUGUAUUUUAAAUUAUGUUCAUUUUAUAUUUAUAGGGCUCAAACUGUCAUAACACUCAUAACUUAGUAAACUUUAGUACCUGGUGUCAGCAUCUGAUUUAGAAUUCCAUAUCCAAAACUAAUUCAAUUUUUGGUUUAUAAUUUAUAGUCUUUUUUUUUAACAGCAAAUGUAGUCAAAUUGUUAUUGUACCCUAAAAUAUACCUUAUUUAGAUAAUCAUUAAGCUUAAUUUAGAAAUAAGGCUACUUAUAACAGAAAGCUGUGAACGUUGUACUUAAUUUCUAGCCAGUGAAAAGAUCUAGACAUUCCUAACGUAGGAGUAAGAUUCGUCCUAUAUUUAUUUAUUUAUUUUAGUGAUAGAAACGAUGCUUGCCUGCGACCUAGGCUACCUAAGAUUACAAUUGCAGACUGACGCAAUUUAGCUAUGUCAUGAAUAUGGCGGAGGCACGAAAAGCGACUAUAUCAGUUUAUUUGUAAAAUGAGAACUUUUGUGGGCUCAUAUUCAUACUAUUUGACAUCUGUUACUUAACUGUCAAACGACGAAUAUGUCACAUAGCCGCCAGGUGGGCACCACUGACGUGCACAUACCCAGCUGAUACUUCAAUUGUAAACUUUGUAAAUAUCAAGAGUACAAGUUUGUUUGGUACAAAUUGUUUACACCUUGUAGAGUCUACUAAUGUUGCCUUAGAUCAGGGGUUCUCAAUCUUUUAUGGCAACUAACCCAUUGACUGCCAAAUGCCAAUAUCAACCUUCGCACAUUCUGACAAGGGAGUGUGCACAAAUCACACGAGGUGUUUUCGGCUACUUUUUGACCUUCCCCCCUCCCCCUUGGUGAUAAUUGGUGAGGUUUUUAGCUACACCCCUCCCCCCAUACAACCUCAAGAGUAUUUUUUUUUUUAGUUCGAUCUAAUUUUAAGAUAAAUAGUAUUGUAUAAUUUGUAUAUAGAAAAUCUUGUUUAUUUUUCUAUUUUGAUUAAAUACUAGAGAUGCACCGGAUAUUCGGUUACUAUCCGGUAUCCGGCCUAUCCGGCCAUGAGUGUACUAUCCGGUCGGAUACCGGUUAGUGACCUACUAUCCGGCCGGAUACCGGAUAGUAACAUUGCUUGAUUUGGGAGUAAACAAAUUGGAUUUAAGAAACAGACACGGUCAUAAUCGUACUUGUUUAUUAUUUUAAAACAAUUUUAUCAUUCCACUGACUUGCUCGCGCACUCAUUUCGAACCUAGAAAUGAGUCCGCGCGAAGGUUUACUAGGAAACAGGUCAAACCUGCAGAAUGCGCACCUGAAAAACCGAAAUGUAGGUAUAAUUCCGCUGGCCGAUUAUUCGGCGGCCGGAUACCAGCUAUUCGGCCGAUGGUCAGGCCGUAUAUCCGGUAUCCGGCCAAACAACUAUCCGUUGCCUCUCUAUUAAAUACACUCGCUAUUUUGUAGUGCAGAGUGAAGAUUAAUGAAACCGAGAAAAAGUAUCUACUCAUGUGUUAGGUUUUUUUUCUUAGUUUCGUUCACUGUAGAAAUUUACACGUUGAGGUGAGGUUUCCUUAUACCCCCCUCCCCCAACGUGAUUUAUCGUUUUUUCGUAACCCCCCCUCCCCCCAUCGAACCUCGCGUGAUCUGUAAACAAGCCCCAAGGUUCACGAUGACGCGCCGAUAGGCGUGGCGUUCAAAGGGUUAAAGUAUUUCGAUCUUUAAUUCUUUGCCUUUAAGUUUUAUAGUGGGAAAGUACAUUACGGGUUUUAUUUAUAUAGCUUUAGACGCCCCACUGGUUAAGAACCCCUGGCAUAGAUUUAGAAACUAAUAGUUUCAUAGUUAUGUCGUUCCUGUGAAAAUGCACUGAAUAAACCAGUUAAAACAG